AUGUCAGCGAGUUCAAACUGUUCAAAACAUAGGGCGACAGAGGAAAGAGAUGAAGGGAAAGCACCGCGCACCGAAGCAGAUUGGGAUGGUCUGCGGAGGGAGCUCCAGGCCGCAUGCCACCGGCAGGUACAGCAUGCGGACAGGGUCGACGGGCUUGGGGAGGACGGCAUUGACAUCGCCGUGGAUGAUUGGGCAGAGGCACCGGAGCCUCUGCCGCCCAGCGACCGGCGCUGCAGCUCUAGCGCUCGAGAGGAACGCAGCCAGCCCGUUGCAGCAACUGGACUGCGGCGUCGGAGGAGGACCCGCGCCCCCGUCAGGAACGUCCCGCAGGGCGCCAGCCCCGACGAGGCCGUGACGCAGUUCACGGGCGCUGGCGGCGCCGGCACCGGCACCGGUGGAGACGGCGGUGGGGGCAGGAUGGGCGCCGACGACGAGGACCCGCCGCCUGGAACUGCCAAAAACGGCCCCGGCACUAUGUUGCAUAGGUCGCAACAUGAGCACGGCUCCGGCGUUGGCGCCGGAGGUGUUAGGACUGGAGGGGUGGGAACGACCGCGGAGCUGAGCGCGUCUUCUUCGGAGGCAACCGCAAUGGUAGUGAUGGCCAGCACCGCGAGAAGGAUGCGAUCUUGCGACAUUGUCUUUGGGUGUUCAGAGCGGAUGCUGAAGCUGAGUUGGGUGUGCUUCCAUAAGAGUCGUGCGUUUUAUAGGCGUGGCAGCACACAGAAAGGCUGCGGCCUGAACUGA